AUGGCGCAUCGUCGGACCACUCCCGCUCCAAGCUCCAAAACUGCCAGCUCCUCCUCCCCAUCCUCCUCUUCCCCUUCUUCGUCCUCCUCCUCAGUACCAAAUUCUGCUCUUUCCCGGUUACGCAAGAUCGCAGACCAGAUGGCGCCCUCAGCAGUAGCAACCAGCUUCCCGGCCGACGUCGUGCCGCAGGCUCCAGAAGACCCCCUCUUCGGCCUGAUGCGAGCUUACAAGGCCGACCAGAGCAAGGACAAGAUCGACUUGGGUAUUGGCGCCUACAGAGACAACAAUGCGAAGCCGUGGGUUCUUCCCGUCGUAAGAAAGGCCGACGACAUCAUCCACAACGACCCCAACCUAGACCACGAGUACCUGCCCAUCGCCGGUCUGGCCUCCUUCACCAGCAAGGCCCGCGAGAUCUUCCUCGGCGCCGCCUCGCCCGCCCUCAAGGACGAGCGAGUCACCUCCGUCCAGACCAUCUCCGGCACCGGCGCCGUCCACCUUGGCGCCCUCUUCCUCGCCAAGUUCUACAAGGGCAACAGGACGAUCUACUUCUCCAACCCCACCUGGGCCAACCACAAGCAGAUCUUUGACAAUGUCGCCCUGCCCACGGCCACCUACCCCUACUUCGACAAGAAGACCAAGGGCCUCGACUUUGAGGGCAUGAAGAAGGCCCUCCAGGACGCUCCCGAGCGCUCCAUCAUCCUCCUCCACGCCUGCGCCCACAACCCGACCGGCGUCGACCCCACCGAGGCGCAAUGGCGCGAGAUCGCCAGCAUCAUGCGCCAGAAGAGCCACUUCCCCUUCUUCGACUCGGCCUACCAGGGCUUCGCCUCUGGCGACCUCGAGCGCGACGCCGGCGCCGUCCGCCACUUUGUCGAGCAGGGCUUCGAGCUGCUCGUCGCCCAGUCCUUCGCCAAGAACUUUGGCCUCUACGGCGAGCGCGCCGGCUGCCUCCACUUCGUCACGGCGCCGGGGCCCAGCGCCAAGGAGGACACGGCGCGCAUCGCCUCGCAGCUCGCCAUCCUGCAGCGCUCCGAGAUCUCCAACCCGCCCAUCUACGGCGCGCGCAUCGUCAGCACCGUGCUCAACGACGACAAGCUCUUCGCCGAGUGGCGCGACAACCUGCGCGAGAUGUCGGGCCGCAUCAAGGACAUGCGCCAGGCGCUGCGCUCCAAGCUCGAGGCGCUCGGCACCCCGGGCACCUGGAACCACAUCACGGACCAGAUCGGCAUGUUCAGCUUCACGGGCCUGUCGGAGCAGCAGGUGCUCAAGCUGCGCGACGAGUUCCACGUCUACAUGACCAAGAACGGCCGCAUCAGCAUGGCCGGGCUCAACACGAGCAACGUCGACUACUUUGCCAAGGCGGUCGACAAGGUCGUUCGCGAGACGUCAUAG